AUGUCAGGUAUUGACCCAAAUAUCAUCUGUUAUAGACUUGCUAUCAACCCAUCAAUCCAACCUAUAGCCCAGAAAAAGCUUCACCUUGGUACAGACAAGAGGGAAGCCUUCUUAGGAGAAACUCAGAAACUACUCAAUGCUGGAUUCAUAAAGAAACUCAUAUUAACAAGCUGGUUAACAAAUGUGGUCAUGGUUAAAAAACACAAUGGUAAGUGGAAGAUGUGUGUGGACUAUACUGAUCUCAAAAAGGCAUGCCCAAAAGGCGCAUAUCCUUUACCUUAUAUUGACAAAUUAGUUGAUAGCUCAUCUGAUUUUCAAUGCUUAAGUUUCAUAGAUGCAUAUUCUGGCUAUAACCAAAUACUUAUGUAUAUGUCUGACCAAGAUAAAACCGUUUUCAUUACUGACCAUGGUGCAACUUAUCAUAGGCUAAUGGACAAAAUUUUUGCUAACCAAAUUGGACGAAAUAUAGAGAAUUUUGUUAUCCUUCACUUUACGGCUAGAGAGGUAAGGCUUAGGAUAAUAGGGUGUUACAUCAACGUAGGGAUCAGAGUUUUGGUCAUUGAAGUUGAGCUUGUUGAUGGAGUCAUUGGAGGAGAAGUCGGCAGGGGUGGAAUCGAAGAGCAGGGACAGGGAAGGAGGGGUGCGGUGGAGGUGGAAGGAGUGAGGGUAGGAGAGGAAAGAGAUGGAGAAAAGGAAGAUGAGGAGGCUGAGUGA